CCUCCCCUCCCCACCAUCCCUGCGCCCACCCAAACCGUCCACCUCCACACACCCCCUCCUGGCCAGCUGCCCCAUCAGCGCUACCAUGCAGCCCCCAGCCCCCGCGGAAAAUCAUCACAACUCCUGUGCUUUGCGAGAGGAGGAGCCUCGGCAUCAGACCCGCAGGGUUCAGGUCCUGACUGCCCGCGGUGGGCCGUGUGCCUGGGGCUGUGACUCCCCCACCUGCCCUGGGUUUCCUCACCUGCCAAGCUGACCACGGAGCCUCCUCUCUAGGUCACGGUGAGGACUCUGCAAUCACGCCGGGACAGGAGGGUGAAGAGGACAGCAGUCCUCAGAUUUGCUCACAAGUGCCCACAAGGACUGCCCCAUGCCCCAGGGCACGGACCCCGUGAACCCAGACUUGCCCUCUAUCGUGGCUUCAGACCAUGUCACUGGAAAGGACAAACAGAUGGGUUUCUGCUGGGAUCCUUGGCAGACGUGCUUCCAGACCACCAAUGGCUACCUGUCCGACUCCAGGUCCUGCUCCAGCAACUACAGCGUGGCAGCCCUGGCCACCUCGUCCCUCGUGGGAGUGGUGCAGAGCAUCAGGGACCACAUCACAAAGCCCACGGCCAUGGCCCGUGGCCGCGUGGCCCACCUCAUCGAGUGGAAGGGCUGGAGUGCCCAGCGGGCGGGCUGGGAGCUGCCCCCUGCCGACGACGACGAGCAUUACCGCCGCCUUCCGGACGAGCUGCGAGAGGCCCGCUUUGCUGCAGGGGUUGCCGAGCAGUUUGCCAUCACGGAGGCCACACUGAGUGCCUGGUCCUCGUUGGACGAUGGAGAGCUGGGCCCGGAGAGCAGCCCCGCGGACAUCCUGCAGCUCCAGGACCUGGGGAGCGUCUGUCUCCAGGACAGCCUUCUGAGUGUCCGCUCGCAGGAUGACCGUCUUCUGGCCUUCUCCUCCCCCGAUGGCUGGCCCUCCCCUGACGAGCCCCCCAGCCCUGGACGGCAGCUCCGGCUGCGGCUUCCAGGGGCCCUGGGGCCCGAGGGUGGGGCCGGACCGCAGGGCCCCCUCCGCUCCAGGGACGGCGGCCUGCCCUCCGAGGAGGAGGACGAGGUGUUCUACAACUGAGGCAAGCCGGGCCACACCUGCUGCAGCCCGGCGGGCAGCCCAGAGCCAUCAGGACCUUGGGCGCUAGGUGGGCAUUUUGUGACCCCCUCGGGGCAGGCAUGGGGUGGGGCGGCGCUCCUGUGGACACUCCGUGCCUCCCGCAUGGGAGCCGUGAUUCCCUUCCCUCUCUCUACCUGGCUCAGGAGGGCGCCUCCCCUGCAGGGUGUCUGCCACGGGCAGGUUCGAGGACUCUCAGCAGACACCUGGGCAGACUGCCCAGAGGAGCCGACAGCCACACAAGGGCGUGGGGACCCCACUUAGCCCCAGGCUCAGCCCUCCGCCCUCCGCCUGUGCUCUGGCCCCAUCAGAGGCAGCGGCUCCUCGGGGCGCUGACCCCUGCUCCUCAGCGCUCUUCACAGGACCCUGUGCCUCGGGGUGUCUGCCGGCCCCUCACUCUCCGGAUCCACUCCCUGGGGCCCUGCUUCCACUCCUCACGCCCUCCUCCACCUCCAGGAAGGUUCUCGGCAGACAUUAAAGUGGUGGGUUCUCCCUGGA